AUGUCACACAAAAAUAGAAGACGAUCUCUGAACAUAGACAAGCCAGCAAUGGUGCAAGACAGACUUCUUCCUUUUGAUGGUGGCAUCUGGGUUGAGACCAGCGAGCAGUGGGCGGAGGAGGAGACUCCUGGCGCAGCACCGGAGCCAGUCGACCAGGAAACUGAGGAAGCAACAAUCUGCACAAAUAGUUCAAAUAGCAUAAGAAGUGAUAUACGAAACAGUAGAGAAUACCUGAUUGUGUUUGAAAGUGGGAGAACACUGGUUGGAAUGAGUUCGACUGACUACGGGAGGAACGUGAUGGUCGUGGUGGAGGCAGACAGGGGCGAGGACGUGGGACUGGUCGUCGACGUCCUCUCUGAGGGCGAGAAGGAGAAUCUGCCCAAUUCAACCCAGUCGUAUGCCCAACUAUUUCUAUCAGAAUAUUUUGAUAGGCUGAAUUACAGGCACGCCUCAACAAGGGCGUUCUUUGCCACCAACUACCAGCACGCGGAGCCAAAGAGGAUUCUGCGACCAGCCACCUCGUCAGAGGUGGAGCGUCUCCACGAGAGGAGGCAGCAGGAGAGAAUGGCCCUCGAAUACCUGAACCACAUCAAGGACGUCUACUCCGUCGACAUGGAGAUCACCAAGUGCGAGUACCAGUCUGACUCAAAGCGUAUUACGUUCUACUAUAGAAGCACGAAGCGAAUUGACUUCAGGGAGCUGGUGAAGGAGCUGUUUAAGCACUUCAAAAUCAGAAUAUGGAUGUGUAGUGAAAACAGGGAGUUCUACAAGUAA